AUGACUGCACUGGCGGCUCACAGACAGACGCUACUCUCUCAAAGCUCAACGGCAAGUGAGUCGGCAUCAUGGGUACGGCGGCAACAGCUGUCCAAGUCGUGCCAUAAGUUGCAUGCUGGGCCGAAUCCUUGUACGUAUUCCAGCGCACACCCUCGUAUUGCGCGUCGCCAGCAGGCCAUAGAUGACGACAAGUGGGUGAGCGAGGUCGCAAAAGGCCCUGUCUGGCAGCUUGCUCGCCAACUCAGCUUCGAUACUCUCUUUAACGGUGAAGAAUACUCGGCAGACCAUCCCGAUCUGGUCGCCGAUGGCUGGACUAAGAUGGCGCGCGGCUUUUUGGGCUUCAUCGCGGGGCCGCGUCACGUUACACUCAAAAGAUGUAAAAGAGCGCGCGCAUACUCUAUAUGA